AUGUCUGACAACGAGAACGCUUCCCCUAGUGGGGCACACGGCGCGGGCCGAGCCGUCCAGUGGCUGUUGACAGGGCCCGUGCUUCUAUCUCCAAUCCAGCUGGGUCCAGUUCAGCUACGCCAGCGUUACCAACCUCCGGCCUUUCCUUCCACCAUCUUCUCAUUUGGCGAGUACGAGGACGAGGCUCACGAAGAAGAUCACUCUACACCCAGUCCAGUUCGUAGUGCUGACAUGGACAUAUACUCGUCCGGUGGUUACGGCGGCGACAUAAACACAAGCUCGGAAGUUGACGACGAAAUGGACUUCUAUGAGGUUGACUCGUCUCAACCGCCAGUCACGGCCGACGCACCACACACGCUUCCCUCGACUACGAUGGGUAAUGCUUUGGGCAUGACAGAGAGAGCCGAUGGCUCCAACACUGCUUCCGGCAAUGCUCCUGUUAAGGUCAACACGGCCAAGCUCCAUGAACUGCGCGCAAAACUGCUUGCCAAUCGCCAUGCCACUCCUGUCAAGGACGCUUUAAACCCUGCCAACAAUGCCAACCCUGUCGCCGUCAAGACCGAGUCGCAGUCCCGACCCCAGAGUCCCGCCCUCACUCCCAAAUCUGCUGCAACCACGAACAAGGCCGAUCUACAGGCAUCCACAUCCAAACACAACAGACCAACUGCUGCUUCAAUGCUCAGCCAUUCCAACUCAGUCGAUGCUCUCUUAGCCGAGGGACAUGCAACUGUCAACAUGUCGCAGUCUGACAUCAAGACCCAACAGAAGACUGCCCCAAAGAAGCAGCUCAACACAACAGACUCUACAAGCAAGCCAUUUGCAGCCAAGAACACUGCUGCACCCAGGCCAGCUCAAUUGUCUGCUGCCCUAAACACACAUUCCAAUACUGCUGAACAGAUCAUCGCAAACAGCGACAAGUCUUCGUCGACUGCCAAGUCGCCAGGCACACCUGAAAAACAGCAAAACAAGAAUAACAGUCUGCCCAAGCAGAAGUCAAAUAUCGCCUCUCCUGUGCCCGAACAGAAAUCACCCAAUGACAAGAGUCUUGACAUGACCACUAACCAGCAUGCCAACAGAACCAAGCCUGUGCAUCCCUUGUCCAGUGGACCUCUGCACAAGCACAAUCUCAGCCUGACAGCCAAGCCCACUAAGGAAACAGAGGAUGAGUAUUUCAAGGAUGUUGAUUUGUGGCUUUCCAUCACUGGAUUCCACGACGUUGCCUUCCGCGAACAAAAGCUCAAGACACACAAGAUGCGUGCUGCACUUGAAGAAAAGAGACGUGCUCUGGAACGUGAAUUUGCCGAACUUGAGCGUCAAGAGGCUGCUGUGGCUAACGACCCUAGCACCAAGGACUACAUGCGCGCUGUCUCGGCUGCUUAUAUGCCGCCUCCACCUCUCCCUGCCCAGACCUCGACUGACGAGCAGUCCGCUCCCUUGACCAAGGCCAGUCCUGUGCCUUCUCAGCUUGCCCCGGCUGGCACCAAACGCCCUCGCUCGCCGUCUGCUCCUCUGAACAACAACCGUGAGAAGUUGACCCGUCUGAACACUUCUGGUCGUGCUGUGCGUAGAGAUGAUUUGUUUGACAAGCCUCUAUCCACCAGUACUUCCAGACGUGGUUCCGACCAGAGACCCGACUACCGUCAACGCUCUAAUUUCGAUGCCUCUCCUACCCAUCAGUCUAUCUCUGUUCGUGGUCAGGCUUUCCGUCCUAAUGACAGUCCCUUCGGUCGUCGUGAGUCCUGGGCUCCCAGAUCUCCUGAACAAUCGUCCGCGCGCCCUCAUGGAUGGAACUCUGCUUCGUUCCCAGAUGUCAAUGAGCAGCCCGUUGGCCAAGGUGGCUACUCGAGCAACAAAUGUGGGUACAAGCCUUCCGACCCCAGAAACAGAUACAACAGAUGA